AUGAUCCUAGUCUCCCAGUGUUCACAACUCACCUCCCCUGCCCUUGGCCGCAUUCCCCCUCAGCUCUCCCCUCAUUGCACCAGCCAUUCCCCCUCCACUCAUCCCUCAUUCCCUUGGCGUUUAUCCCUCUUGCCCUCUGCGCUCAUCCGUCUUCCUUCUUUCCCCCUGUUCUCCCCUCUUUCCCCCUGUUCUCCCCUCUUUCCCCCUGUUCUCCCCUCUUUCCCCCUGUUCUCCCCUCUUUCCCCAUGCGCUCCCCUCUUUCCCCCUGCGCUCCCCUCUUUCCCCCUGCGCUCCCCUCUUUCCCCCUGCGCUCCCCUCUUUCCCCUACGCUCCCCUCUUUCCCCUACGCUCCCCUCUUUCCCCUACGCUCCCCUCUUUCCCCCUACGCUCCCCUCUUUCCCCCUACGCUCCCCUCUUUCCCCCUACGCUCCCCUCUUUCCCCCUACACUCCCCUCUUUCCCCCUACGCUCCCCUCUUUCCCCCUACGCUCCCCUCUUUCCCCCUACGCUCCCCUCUUUCCCCCUACGCUCCCCCCUUUCCCCCUACGCUCCCCCCUUUCCCCCUACGCUCCCCUCUUUCCCCCUACGCUCCCCUCUUUCCCCCUACGCUCCCCUCUUUCCCCCUACGCUCCCCUCUUUCCCCCUACGCUCCCCUCUUUCCCCCUACGCUCCCCUCUUUCCCCCUACGCUCCCCUCUUUCCCCCUACGCUCCCCUCUUUCCCCCUACGCUCCCCUCUUUCCCCCUACGCUCCCCUCUUUCCCCCUACGCUCCCCUCUUUCCCCCUACGCUCCCCUCUUUCCCCCUACGCUCCCCUCUUUCCCCCUACGCUCCCCUCUUUCCCCCUACGCUCCCCUCUUUCCCGCUACGCUCCCCUCUUUUCCCCUACGCUCCCCUCUUUCCCCCUACGCUCCCCUCUUUCCCCAUACGCUCCCCUCUUCCCCCGUGCACACAACCAUUCUCCCUGCGUUUACCAAUCAUUCCCCAGGCUAA